UUGAAAUGUGGCUUGAAUAAAAAAGCAAAAUUGGAAAAUGGCAGAGUUUGAAAAAAAAUUAAUAACUAGCAAAGAGGUGCAACAACGAUGUAACGAUUGGGUAGAAUCACAGAAAAAUUGUCAAUAUACGGAUGAAGCACAGUAUAAAAGGAAAUUAACAGAUGACGAUGAUAUUUAUAAUACUGAUUCAGAAUUCGAUUCCGUCUCAGAAUGUGGCACGAAAAGAAGAAGGGUUGGUUUACCGCUAAAAUGUGAAGUUUAUCAUCUUUUUUGCGAAUGGAUUAGUUGUGAGUACGAGUCCAAUCACGUUAAAAGAUUCGUAGACCACGUGUCUGAGCACGUGUCAGAUCUAAGUACGCGAACCAAUGAAAAAGAUAUAACUGUUUACGUGUGUCAGUGGAAUGGCUGUUUCUAUGAAAGCAAUGAUCCUGAUGAAAUUACGCGACAUGUGAAUUACCAUUCAUACCAUACGAAGCUGAAAUGCAUUGGAUCAAAUAUUCGCGCCAGAAUUAAAUUGCCCAAAUGUCGUCGAGAUUCGGAAUGGAAAAAUGUAGUGGAACUUCCAACACCUCUUCUCUGUCGUUGGGAAGAGUGCUUACAAUGUUUUAAAAACUAUCAAGUAUAUUUAUACCAUGUAGCUGCUCAUAUCGAAGGAAAUCCAAGGGGUAACAAAAUUGAAGGAGGUUUAGAAUGUAAAUGGACAGGGUGUAACAGUACCUGUGCUAAUUUAUACAAACUAAGAGACCAUGUACGACGACAUACAAAAGAAAAAAUCGUUGCUUGUCCUGAUUGUGGUACUACAUUUGCUUCUAACACAAAGUUCCAUAUUCAUUGCAAACGACAAAUACCAAUCGAUGUUCAGGGAUUCCAGUGCUCCCAUUGCAACAAGUUUUAUCCUACAGAAGGAAUUUUGAGGGAUCAUAUGCGAAUGCAUGUUUUCAACUAUAAAUGCACUCUCUGUGAUAUGAGUUGUGAGUCACCAUCUAGUUUGGCCACACAUGUUAGAUAUCGACAUGUUUCUACGAGGAGCUUUCCAUGCCAGCUUUGCAAUCAUGCUGCCAAAUCGCAACAAGAUUUAGAUUCUCAUAUGACGGUUCAUACGAGUGGACCGAACUUUUCUUGCCAUUUUGAUGGAUGUCUGUAUAAAUGCAAGGGUGCAUAUACUCUUGAUAGGCACAUAGAACGAGUUCAUGGUAUGCAAGUACGAUGGUACUGUUGUCACGAAUGUCCAAUAAAAUACAGAAAAAGCUAUAGAUUAACGAGGCAUUUAAUCGAAGCGCAUAGAUUACAAUUACCUAGCGGUCAUACAAGAUUUCAGUACACUCAUGAAGAAGAUGGUUGCUACAGAUUGCAGAAAGUUAGAUAUGAAGCUAUUGAAGAAGAGAAUGAUUCUUCAAUUGGAAAUUUAAAAAACCAAAAUAAAAAAUUUAAAAUUAAGUUAAAUGAGAAUGCUAGUGUACCACAAGUGGAGAUUUAUGAAGAUGUGGGUGAAGAAGAAAAUGUAGAUAAAGGAAGUACGGAGAAAUCAGCGGAGGAACCAGACGAAAGAAAAUCUUUACCUGUGCUUUCGAAUAUUUUAAUAUCCAUUGACGAAACUGAUGCACAAGGCAAUAUAGUUAAUAGUAGAAUCGUAGAAGCACAGGAAACUAGGGAACUACCAUCUUCUAAAGGAUCGCCAUUGAUUUUAACAUAAAACAAUUGCAAUUAUGAACAAAUUUUUAAAUAAAAUUCCAAAUAAACCAAAUGUUUUUUAUCAGAUA